ACGGGCUGGCAGCGGCGGCGGCCAGCACUGGGCAGGCGUGGAGGCGUGGGCGCGCGCGUGGCCACCUCGGGCACGGAGCGUCCGCCGCGUCGCCUGAGUCCUGCACACCCUCGGCCGCCGCGCCUCCCGCCUUGCGUCCUCCCGUCCGGCCCUCGGCCCAGCCGCGCCAUGCCCGCCGUGGACAAGCUCCUGCUGGAGGAGGCGUUGCAGGACAGCCCUCAGACUCGCUCUCUGCUGAGUGUGUUUGAGGAGGAUGCUGGCACCCUCACAGACCACACCAACCAGCUGCUGCAGGCCAUGCAGCGCGUCUAUGGAGCCCAGAAUGAAAUGUGCCUGGCCACCCAGCAGCUCUCCAAGCAGCUCCUGGCGUAUGAGAAACAGAAUUUUGCUCUUGGCAAAGGUGAUGAAGAAGUCAUCUCUACGCUCCACUAUUUCUCUAAGGUGGUAGAUGAGCUGAAUGUUCUCCACACAGAGCUGGCCAAACAGCUGGCAGACACCAUGGUCCUCCCCAUCAUACAGUUUCGAGAAAAGGAUCUCACAGAAAUAAGCACUUUAAAGGAUCUCUUUGGACUCGCCAGCAACGGUGUCUGUAUUUUAGAGCAUGACCUCGCGAUGGCCAAAUACAGCAGGCUUCCCAAAAAAAAGGAGAACGAAAAGGUGAAGACUGAGGUUGGGAAGGAGGUGGCAGCCGCCCGGCGGAAGCAGCACCUGUCAUCCCUGCAGUACUACUGUGCCCUCAACGCGCUGCAGUACCGCAAGCGGAUGGCCAUGAUGGAGCCCAUGAUAGGCUUUGCCCAUGGACAGAUCAACUACUUUAAGAAGGGAGCAGAGAUGUUUUCCAAAAGUAUGGACAACUUCCUGUCCUCCGUUGUGGACAUGGUACAGAGCAUUCAGGUGGAGCUGGAAGCAGAAGCGGAAAAGAUGCGGGUAUCGCAGCAGGAGCUGCUCUCUGUUGAUGAAGCUGUCUACACUCCGGACUCGGACGUGGCUGCGCCUCAGAUCAACAGGAACCUCAUCCAGAAGGCCGGUUACCUCAACCUCAGAAACAAGACGGGGCUGGUCACCACCACCUGGGAGAGGCUGUACUUCUUCACGCAGGGUGGGAACCUCAUGUGCCAGCCCCGCGGCGCCGUGGCCGGAGGUCUGAUCCAGGACCUGGACAACUGCUCCGUGAUGGCUGUGGACUGCGAGGACCGCCGAUACUGCUUCCAGAUCACCACGCCCAACGGGAAAUCGGGAAUCAUCCUGCAGGCAGAAAGCAGGAAGGAGAAUGACGAGUGGAUAUGUGCCAUAAACAACAUCUCCAGGCAGAUCUACCUGACCGACAACCCCGAGGCAGUCGCCAUCAAGCUCAAUCAGACGGCACUGGAAGCUGUGACUCCCAUCACAAGCCUCGGCAAAAAGCAGGAGAGCUCGUGCUCCAGCCAGAAUCUGACCAAUUCAGAGAUGGAAGGUGCCAAGCUCGUUCCCAAAGCGACAGUUAGUGCAACUGACAUGGAAGAACUGAUCGCCCCUGGGACACCAAUUCAGUUUGACAUUGUCCUACCUGCCUCGGAAUUCCUUGAUCAGAACAGAGGGAGCAGGCGCGUCAACCCUUUCGGGGAAACAGAGGACGGAUCACUUCCGGAAGCAGAAGACUCUCUCCUGCAGCAGAUGUUCGUAGUGCGGUUUUUGGGCUCGAUGGCAGUUAAAACAGACAGCACUGCCGAAGUGAUUUACGAAGCCAUGAGACAAGUCCUAGCUGCCCGGGCCAUUCAUAACAUCUUCCGCAUGACGGAGUCGCACCUGGUGGUCACCAGCCAGGCUCUGAGGUUGAUCGAUCCUCAGACUCAAGUGUCCAGGGCCAGUUUUGAACUGUCCAGUGUCACACAGUUUGCUGCUCACCAAGAAAACAAGAGGCUGGUUGGCUUCGUCGUCCGCGCCCCCGAGGCCGCCGGAGACCCGUCCCUGAGCACAUACGUCUUUGAAAGCAACUCCGAAGGCGAAAAGAUAUGUUACGCUAUUAAUUUGGGGAAAGAAAUUACUGAAGUUCAGAAGGACCCAGAGGCAUUGGCUCAACUAAUGCUGUCCGUCCCACUAACCAAUGACGGGAAAUACGUACUAUUAAACGAUCAGCAAGACGACAGUGACGGAAGUCCACACGAGAACCAAGGCGCCGAGUCGGAAGCCUAGCCGCCUGCGCGUGUGGGGCGAGUGCCCGGCCAAGGGCACCAUGCUUAAGGGCUGCACUUCUCUGACUCACAGGCACGCUGACUGGGUUCAGGAUGUGACAAUCGGUGGCAGAAUGGCCUCUCGGUGCCGAGAGCCGAGGGGACACCAGAGGUGGCCGGCGGCACUGCUGUCCAUCUACAAAUGCUAUUUUAGGUGCUCCGUGGUGAGUCCUGGCCUUAGAUUGCAUUGUUCAGCACUCAAAGAAAGUUCUACAAAAUGCAUUGUUCACUUUAUCUGAAUGUCAUCCUUUCCGUUUCCAGUGACCUUUUUAGAAGAUGGCAAGUCUAGAUUUACAAUUUGAUAAGCACUAAAUAUUUCCUAUUAAUAUCAUCUAUUUUUGUACUUUACUUAACAAGCUUCACGUGCCUGUCGUUCCGAAACUGUCCUCACCGUCCAGCUUCUGCUCUGACCGAGGGACACUGCUGUGUGCACUCGUGCCAGGCCCCAGCUCUGGUUGAGAUGCAGGUCUAGCUCGGAUAACUGUUCCUUGCACACGUUAUGCACAGGCAGGACUGGCAGCUGUGCCCACAGCUGGCUGCUUUCACAGUAGAGCCACACCACACCAGCAUUCCCAAGGCCACGGUCCCGGAGAGAGGACCGUUGUUGGUGGCAGGUCGCCGUGCCAGGGCAGCUGUGCCAGCUCCUGUUUCUGCUGAGCCAGACCCUUCUCUAAGAAGGGACCAGUUACUUCUAGAAGUCACUUGAAGCACAGCUGCUUGUGGCACUUGGAAUAAAGUUCCCAUUUCCAGCCUGAUUUUUUCGGUUCCCAGAAGCCUCGCCACUCCCCUAGCCCUUCUACUUACAGAAGGUGGAAUGAUCGUGAAUUGGUACAAUGUCCCAUUGUAAUCCGUUUCAGUGACAAUUAUGUCAUUAUCUUUGUAAUAACUUAACCUACCAAUAAAAAUUGCCAUUCUG